AUGAAUCAGAUCCCCAUUCAAGAUUCUUACGGUGUGAAGAUGCAUCCAAGGAAACCAUUGGUUUUUCUUCUCUUAGUGUGCGUCACUGCCAUUGGAGUAUUUUCUAGAGCUUCAUGGAUUUUAACUGUGUACCAUGAUUACUUCGUCCAUCAGAAUGCAAGUCUUUGUGCCUGUGACAAAUGUUUAACGGACUAUGAUCCAUGGUUCACAAAACUUAUAAAAGAAUCUCCUGAGCCCUUCUUAUCAAUCACAAACAAUGUCUCAAGUGAUGCGUUUAACUGGUGGAAGCGCAUACAGACUGAUAGACGCAACUACAGUUACUACAAAAAAACAGUGGACAAGGUGUUUCAGAUCUUUCCAACCAAUGUGCAUUCCACAAGAUCCAGCCCUGACCUCUGCAGAACUUGUGCUGUGAUUGGAAAUUCUGGCAACCUGAAUGGAUCACAUUAUGGAUCAAUGAUAGAUUUUCAUGAUAUUGUCAUAAGAAUGAACCAUGGCCCCACUGAAGGCUUUGAAAGAGAUGUUGGAAACAAAACAACAUACCACGUGAUGUUUCCAAACAGUUUUAAAAAUUUAGACAACACCACUCGUCUUGUGUUUUUUCCAUACAAAAUCCAUGAUUUAGAAUGGCUCAUGUGGUCCUUCACUCAAAGCCAAAGAGCAACUGCUAAAUCACGAAUGAAUAAGGAUUUGGUGAUGAUUCUCAGUCCAGAGUUCAUGAAAUAUGUCCAUUAUGUUUGGCUAAACCAAAAGGGAAGAUAUCCAUCCACUGGCUUUCUGACUUUGAUUCUCAGCUUUCACAUGUGUGAUGAGGUUAGUGUGUUUGGAUUUGGAGCAGACAAAAAUGGAAACUGGAACCAUUAUUAUGAGCCACUCAAAAACAAACGUUUGAAAACUGGACACCAUCCUGGAAGUGUGGAGUAUAAAUAUAUUGAGAAACUUCAUGAGCAAAAAAAAAUUAGUUUUUUCAGAGGAUGGUAA